UACACUAUCGAUCGCAACUCGCAGCCAAUCCUUUAGAAUAUCGUAGGCUGUAUCGCGAUAUAGUAGUGUCGUUCUACACAGGCCUGUUUUCGUAAUUUUUACUACGAUUUGUAACUGGUGCUGAUGCAUCAUAGUGAAUAUUCAGUUCUGUGACGCAGCAGAGCGUCACAAUAAUAACGUACGUCGUAUGGGUCACGUCAAAACUGAGUCGAGUCUGAUAAUAAAAUUCUUGAUGGUAGGAGACCAGAACAAACCGAUCACGCUCAAACUCAACAGCGUGGCGAGAGAAUCCAGUCGAUAUUCGGCCCGCGACCCAAGAUUAAGAAGUUAAGAACUACCUCGAACUAACACUGCCAGUAUUAAUUUAAUUAAUAUUAUAAUGGAGCCAGAAUCUCCUAGAAUAUUAAGAAAUAGAGCGUGUGAGGAAAGAAAGAAGCCAGAUGCAGCCCCCACAGUUCUUGAAUCUCUUCUGUCAGACACCACUUCUGGUAUCGUAAAAGGUGAAGACGAUACGACAAGUGUUGGUACUACGUUUUCUAGUCCCGAAAUAGAAGUACCUAGUAAUGAUAAUAUCGUAGUCGGUGAAUAUAAAAAGGCUGAAGAGGAAGAUGAUUUCGAUGGUAUUAAACAUGCUUUAAGAUUUAUGCCAAUUAUAAAUAAGUCUUCAGAGAAAAUAAAUGUAAAAAAUGUUGAAUCUGAAACAUUACUAGCCAAACCUGAAACUAAAAAAGUAACUAUUCCAGAUGGCGGUUGGGGUUGGGUGGUGGUCUUGUCAUCUUUUAUACUAUCCAUGAUAGCUGAUGGCAUAAGUUUUUCAUUUGGAUUACUUUACAUAGAAUUUUUGGAUGAAUUCAAAGCCAGUAAAUCAACAACAGCUUGGAUUGGUAGCUUAUUCAUUGCUGUGCCACUUCUGUCUGGUCCCGUUAUGAGUGCUUUGGUAGACAGAUAUGGAUGUCGUAGUAUGACGAUUUUGGGUGGCUUGAUAUCAACCCUUGGCUUUGUAUUGGCCUCUGUGUCGAAUACUUUAGAGACGAUGAUGAUUACGUUCGGAGUAAUAGCAGGUUUAGGACUUGGACUUGUGUAUGUUACUGCAGUGGUCUCUAUAGCUUACUGGUUUGAGAAGAAGAGAAAUCUAGCAGUUGGAUUAGGCGCAUGUGGCACAGGAGUAGGUACGUUUGUUUAUGCACCAAUGACACAAUAUUUUAUAGACGAGUAUGGAUGGAGGGGUACCAUUCUACUCUUAGCUGGCACCUUACUGAAUAUUUGUGUAUGUGGAUGCGUAAUGAGGGAUCCGGAAUGGUGGAUUCUUGAACAAAAGAGACAAAGAGAUCUUAAUGAUAAAUCAAAUGUUAAAUCAAGAAGUUCAAGUAUAGUUUCAUUAGAAAAUCCAUACGUAUUCGAUUAUGAUUCUCCUACACGUGGUAAAAGUAUGAAACGUUUGAUAUUAAAGGGGUUGUCACCAGAAAAAGUAAUAAGAGAUGAAGUAGCUAGUAUACGCCGUCACGAAAACUUGUUGCUGAUGAGCAAAAAUUAUAAGAAGCAAAGAUCAAGAUCAUUGAUUGAUAUUUACGUGCCUUUGGUUUCCAAUAAUCAGGUCAUCGUAAACAUUCCUUGCAGUCCAGAAGAAAUGAAAGCAACUGAGAAAAUGAAAACACUACAACUGCCAAUAGUCAACGAUGAGCUGCGAAACAUUAAUGCAGAUUGUCCGAAAAUAUCCAUUACUAGAACACAAUCUGACUAUUGUGGACACAGAGACAUAAGUAAUGAGCCUUUGCCAGCUCCAACCUUUAAACCAAGAAGACUUAGAAAAUCAAUGUCGGAAUCUAAAGAUGUCCCUCUUAUUAAGCAGGACAGUAAGGAAAAUAAAAGGGAUUGGUUGAAAAAACAACUUUCCGUCAAUCAUCAUUAUUUGAGAGAUUUGAAGAUGCCACUAAACUCCAUAAGCCAUAGAAAUGCAAUGUUAAACAUAAAGAAGUACAAGCUUAAAGCCUCUUCCUGUCCGGAUAUAUUCAAAAAUUCAAUGAUCACUUUCGAUGAAGAGGAAGAGAAAUGGUACGAUGACUUCGUCGAUUGCCUUGGCGACAUGUUUAACGUCUCUCUACUCAAGAAAGCCACAUUCGAUCUCCUCUGUUUGGGCACUAUCAUUAUAUUCAUCUGGUUUAUUGUGCCAUACUUCUACUUGGCUGAGCACAUGGUCCAUCAGGGAUAUACGGAAGACGACGGUGCUGUGAUGCUAAGUUUGAUCGGCAUCACUAAUACGAUUGGAAUGGUAACCUUAGGUUGGAUAGGAGAUUUCCCGAAGGUCUCAAUAGGAACACUAUAUUCAGUAUGUCUGAUACUAUGUGGGGCAUCCGUAGCUGCUAUUCCACCGGCAGCGUCAAAUUACUGGAUUCUGGCAUCGAUUUCUGCUGCAUUUGGGCUACUUUUUGCCGCGUCAUUCACUUUUACUCCAAGUUUACUAGUGAAACUUGUGUCUCUGGAUGACUUUACCGCGGCUUAUGGUUUGGUACUUUUGGCUCAAGGAAUAGGACACUUGAUUGGGCCACCAUUGUCAGGUUUAAUCUACGACUUGACUUUAUCAUGGGAACUGUCUUUUUACUUAGCUGGUGGUUGGAUUAUGAUUGCUGGAGUAUUAAUAUUCUUUAUACACCCAAUACAAAUCUACAUGAAACGACGUGAGGCAAGAAGCGAGUCAGAUGACAGCAUAGCAUAAAACAUUUCCUUUUUGUAACGGUCACCUUAGAAGCGAUACAGCAUUGAAAUAUUAUCAUAAAAUUUGCUUAGUGUUUGAUGAAAAUUAAAUUCGAAUACUUAUCUAGAACAAGCGAUACGAAUAGCUAAGCAUAUGACUAAGUAACAUGUUUUGUCAUGGCAUUCAAAAACCACCGGUUUGUUAAGAAAACAAUGGCGUGACUUUAUAAGACGAUAUUACGAUUUACUAUGCAAUUUUUAGAUUCCAAGUCAAUAUUAAUUGUAUUAAAUAACAAUAUGAUAAAACUAAAUAAGAUAUUACUUAAUAUAUUUACCUUGUUAUGCACAUUUUGUAAUAGUAUCUACUAAUUACCUAAAUAAAUAUUAUA